AUGAUUCUCAGAAAAGAUAGGAUCGCAGCGCUGCUGCUUCUCCUGCCCGUCCUCUCGGCCGCCGUGGUCGUGGACGUGGACGGAAAUGGCGUCCAGAAAGUGCGCGAGUCCUCCAAGGACGUUACAGCAAGCGCGAGCAAGCUCGAUGUCGGCACCAAGGAUGCGCCUGUGGACGGCUUGGAUGGCAAGCCUCACGCUGGACCGUUUGUCGUCGAGAAUUCCCCCAAGACCACCGACAGCACCAAGACAUCGUCUCGCGAAUCGCUUUCCGAUGAAAUCACCGUCGACCAGAAGAAGAUAUCCUCCGAACUGCUUCAGGACAAGGACAUUGGCGUCAUGGACGACCCUGACCGCGCUUCGCCCAAGAAGGGCACUACAGGUACUGAAGGCGGCGUGUCACAGAGGACCAAGGAGCAUAAGGCGCUGGAGGAAGAGAAGGGCGAGAAGCUUGGCAAGGUUCCGGUUUCGCCGGACGAAGAGCGCCCACUGUCUAACGAUGAGCAAGAGCGUAUGGGUGUGGAUACUGCGGACGACAGCGACGACGAAGACCUGGCAUCAUCAACCUCUGAGAGGGCGAAAGGUGCCGCUGGUUUAGCGAAACCCACAGACCUUCCGGACUCGCCACACGGCGAUAGCAGCUCCUCCAAGCCCGUCAUUCCAAGCAUGCCCAAGGAUACCUACGAUUCCUCAAAGUCAUCAUCAAAGACCUCAAAGACCUCCACAACUGAUACAGAUGACGACGACGAGGAGGAGGGUAUCAUCCAGCCGUUCCAUUCCUUCGUUCUCUCAUUCAUGAUGAUCAUUUUCUCCGAAAUUGGCGACAAGACUUUCCUCGUUGCUGCCCUCAUGGCCAUGCGCCACCCUCGCGUUGUGGUCUUUACUGCCGCUUUUGCCGCCCUCAUCACCAUGACUGUCCUCUCGGCCGUGCUGGGUCACGCUGUUCCGACGCUUCUGCCCAAGUGGCUCACGAGCUUUGCAGCUGCUGUGCUCUUCUUCGUUUUUGGUGCCAAGCUUCUCCGCGAAGGUCUUGCAAUGAGCCCGGAUGAGGGCGUUGGCGAGGAAAUGAAGGAAGUCGAGGCCGAGCUGGAAGAAAAGGAGCACACCAUUGGAAAGAGACGCCGCUCGUCCAUUUCGCCGUACGCUCUCGAAGCGGGAACCCGCGGCCGCCGUUCGAGGUCCAACAGUCGUUUGCCCACUCACCGUAGCCCCUCUUCGUCGCCUGCCAGGUCGCCCUCGCCUUCCGGUGCAAGCCUGUCCAACAUUAUGAACGGCUUGAACAAUCUCUUUUCGCUCCUCCUCAGUCCGGCCUGGGUUCAGACCUUUGUCAUGACCUUUCUUGGUGAGUGGGGAGAUAGAAGCCAGAUCGCUACGAUUGCCAUGGCUGCUGGUCAGGAUUACUGGUGGGUCACCAUGGGUGCGAUUGUCGGGCACGGGUUGUGCACGAGUGCCGCCGUGAUAGGCGGCAGGGCUAUUGCAGGCAAAGUGAGCAUGCGUGUUGUCACUCUCGGUGGCGCUAUCGCGUUCUUGGUUUUCGGCGUCAUCUACCUGUUCGAGUCCAUGUACACGGACUAG